UUUUGAGGUUAUCUUCUUUUUCUAAUUCUUUAAUCUAACCUCAACCAAUUAGAAGUUUGUUUGCAUGCUUGUCAGUGAAUGUAAUCUUCUUUUGUAUAUAUCUUUCAAGCAAUAAUAAUUUGUACCAGUGGUAAAACAAUUCAAUAAACGCAAGAUUUAUUCUUACAAUAAAACACUGCAAUCAUGGCUCCCGUGAAAAAGACUAAGUUCUCCAAGAAAACAAAGAAGGCAUGGAGAUUCACGGAUAUAACAGACGUGGAAAAUUUCUAUGAAGAUAAAUUACACGAGGAAAGACUUGGUGGUUCUCUUUCCGAAAAACAUGACGACAAACUAUUCGCUAUCGAUAAAGAGGCACAAGAUACGAGCAAAAAGACUUCCGUUGUCUUUGUCAGUGCAAGAGAGAAAAAGAAAAGAGCCCAACAGCCUCCAAAGUGCUUUCAGAGUUUGGAGAAUGAAUCCAAAGUUGAAGACCCCAUCUCGAAAAGGAAUAUACUAAGAACUAAAGAGAAACGACAGUCUGUAAUUCAGAAAGACAUUGAGAGAAAACGUAAAGAGAAAGAGGCAGCUACUCAGGAGAAGCUGCCAACUAGGAAGCAGAGGAUACAGAAAAUGAAGCGUAAAAAGAAGCUCGAGGAAGCGCGACUUUUCAAAAAUAAUGCUUGGCUUAAGAAGGAAGUUGAUGUCGGCGAAUGGUUGGAAGAAGACACUACCCGACAUCUGCUGACCAACACCGGUCAGCUGGAUGUGAAAAUCCCCAAACUGACUCACCUGAGACCUUCACAUCUGCCCAGCAUCGAGACCCCCCACCCCGGUCUCUCCUACAACCCUACCCGUCGCGCCCACUCUGAUCUACAGAGGGUGGCUGCUGAACAAAGAAAGAAGCUGAGAGACGAGGAGAAACGAUUGCACCGGUUGACGGCCAGUCUCACCAGGAUGAGUGCACAGAGGAGGGAGGCCGAUUGGAUAGCUGAAAUGUCGUCGGGUCUGGAGGAAGCGAAAAACAAAGAGCCUGAAGUGGAUGAUGGGUUGCAGUACAAAGCCGUCAAUCCUCCCGCUAAACUCAAAAUAAAAACACUCAAGAAGAAGAAGCGAGCAAAGCAAAUCAGGAAAGAGGAGGUUGAGAAAAGAGAACGGAAAGUGGAGAAGAAGAAGAUGGCGGAUCUGUAUAGACUGAGAUUUUUGGAGGAAGAGAUAGCCGAUGAAGAAGCGAAGAGCGCCGUAGCAAAGGAGAAACGGCUGAAAAAGAAGGAAACGAAACUUUUGAAGACAAAAGUGUUGGGCUCUAUCAAGUUCAGGGAGCCGCUGGUCGAAGUGAAGCCGAGAAUUCAGUUGAAAAAUUCGAAUCUGCGCAAGUUGGCCCCAAAGGCUGCUUGCUGGCUGAUAGGAGUGUCAGUUUGCAGAGACGAAACAUCAUUGAGCCACGUAUUAGGACUGGAAGCGACCAUGUCGUUACGCGGCAGCGUAGUGACGCAGCCAGAUGCGCCCAAAGUGACCUCCUCCUCCUCCUCCUCUCACUCCUCCUCCUCCUCCAGUAGGCACAAGUCUUGCCUACACGCUCACCUCAAUGGCCUCUGGUCCAUCUGGUACGGGCUAGCAGCCCGGCGCUCUACAGGCCUACAUCGCACUUCAGGCGGCUUACAGGUUUAUCGGCUUUCGUGCAACUCGGCCUAA